UCAAAUUCUGAUACUUGUUUAUUGUUUGUUUUGUUCGAUUUUGUUGACAAAUGGCUAGUGUAGUUUUGUAAUGGAAAAACGAUGAACUGUACUUUUUUGCUCCAUGUAAUUUUUUAUCUGGUCUUUCCACAUGCAAUAAUAUAAUUUAAGGAAAGAGAAGUUUACAUUUCAUUAAUGUUCAUUUUAAAAGAAAGAUUAUGAUUUUUAUUCUUCAUCAAAGAUGAAAUUAUUUAAUGCCUAUUCUAUAUUUGUGAUGUUUGUUUUUAACCCUUAAAAGUUGUAUAAGUAUAAAUUUAAAAGUGCCUGGAUUGGAAAACUGCAAAAGUAAAUUAUUUGGAAGAACUGAGCUGUUAAUAAUGGCUAGGUCCAGGUCUUCAAUCCCAGAGCUUCCUUUAUUUUCUACUAUCGCAAGUGAUCUUCCAAUAGAUGAAACCAGCUCAACAGGAAUUAAUAGUUCAUUAGCCACAGAUUUAGGCUGCCCGUCUAGAAAAAGUAUUAGGCAUUCGAGAAGAAAUAAAAAGUAUAUACAUCACCAACGAUCUCUAAGUGAAGCAAACUUGUGUCAUCAUGAACAAGCAAGCCUCAGUCCUGAUUUGGCCGAAUCCUCCAAGUGUCGACACCGUCAGAGCAAACGUCAUCUACUUAUUGAAAUUGAAAGACUGAAGAGAGAAAAUCAACAUCUUCAUAAUGCAGGUUACGCAUCCAGUGAUGUAAAGUUACGUGCUCUGGAGGGGAGGAUCGUGGAGUUACAUUCAUCUAAACAGCAGCUGGAACAAGAGAGAGAGGCUUUGUCUCGACGCAUCAACGAAGACUCAGAGACCAUCAGCAAGCUGCGGUUGCGCAGUAAAGAGCUCGCCCAAGAUGUCUUCAUGUUGAAAAAUCUAGUUAUGAGGAUGAAUACAGAGCUAUCUAAAGCCCAGAGCCGCUUGCACCAGAACCAGGGGAAAGAAGAUGCUGUGGUCACAAUCAGCGAGGACUCGGGGCUGGCUGACCACCGAUCACACUCGGAGAGCAGAAGCUCAGUGAAACCAUCUUGGAGUCGAGCGGAAAUGAACGCGAUGGCCCCGCUAUUGGAGGCUUUGGAGGAGACCAUCGCAGAGAAGGAUGAACUCAUCAGCAACUACAAGCGAGAAAUGGAACUGUUCAUUAACCGGUCGAAAGAGAUCAUAGCCGAGAAUGAGAACCUCCAUUCUCAGCUUAUCGAGGCCAACAAGAAGGGGGAAGUGACGUACGCUGAAUGGAAAGUGCUUACCCGAGAAGCAGCCAUGACUCGAGAACAGAAUGAACUGCUUUUGAGACAAACUAAGCUGAAUCAGUCCAAACUGAAUGAGCUGCACACAGCAUAUCAAGCGAGAUUGACGGAGCUAACCCUGGACCAUGAACAGGCGGAAGAGAAAUGCCAACAAAGUAGGACAGAAGUGUUUGUACUAAAGGGAAGAUUGGGAGUGCUCACUGACGAGCUGGACCGACUCAAACAAGAGACUGACAACAAGAUCCCUGUGGCAGUCCACACGGCCUCCGUCAAUGAGUGCAAGAGGCUAUUUGAAGAGCUGAAGAAUAGGUACGAGCAAGAGAGGGAUAUUUUGACGAGGAAAUUGGCAACACUGGAGUCACUGCGGCCAGACCUAGACAUACAGUUGGUAACAGUGACUGCUGAAAGAGACCAGCUGACUCAUGAGAUAAGGAAUCUCCAUAAGCAAGUCAAGAAGGCAGAAGGCCGUGCAGAGGCCUGUGACAACAGGCUGCGCAAGAGCGAACGUGCCCGUGCAACCAUCAAACAGCAACUGGAGCAAGCACUAGCAUUUUCUCGAGAGCUAAUAUCUGAUCAGGAAACAUUACUGAGGCAGCUAGCCGAACGCACUCACGAGACUUCUCAUGUCGUCAGGGUCGGCUCCGAAAACGCUGUCCGGAUGGAUACUCUAAGAAGUAAAUUGAAGGGUCUGGAGAGGGGAGCCAAGGUGCAACUUGAUGUACUGGAGCAGCGAAUGAAAGCUCAAGAGGCUGGAAUGAAUAAAGCAAAGGCUAGCUGGGCCAAGGAGAUGGGCAAGCUGAAGUCAGCCAUUAAAGAGAAGGAUGCCACUAUUGAACAACUUCAACAGGAGAGGAACAAGAGCAAGGAGGAGGUGGAGUUGGUAUGGGAGGCGGUAGCAGCAGACACCCAAAGAGUCAAGGAGGCAGUGCGUAUCGCAGAGCUACUACCUUCCGAUGAUGGUGAUGGGUAGUCCUCUAGUCACAACUAGUCCACCAAUAAAAUUGCUCUUUCAUUCUUAUGUUUCAGGAUUGUUUAUUUAUAAGUAUAAUACUGUUCUUUUUUUGUCCAACCUUUGUCUCUAGUCAGAUAUUUCUAGUCAUGAAGUUAUUUACUUGAAGUGCAAUAAUCUUUUGAUUUGGUAAAGAGUAGAUAUACCUUUUCAUUAAUUGAUCAAUUAAUAGAAAAUGUUUUCAUUGUUAUGUCAGAUAAUAGUUUUUCCGUUAUUCAUUUUUUUUAUUUUGGUACUAUUAUUACUAUCUUCCGAAUCAGUACAAUACAAUGUAUAUUGUAAUGCCAAUGAAACAUAAGAUUUGGUCAUAAUAUUGCCACAGUAGCAUAUUAAAAAGUUAAUUUGUAAAUAGAAUGGUCACUUUUGCAGCCAGUUCUUGUCUCCUGAAAAGUUGGGUUAGCUCUCUUUAGUUGUUUCAUUGGCACAUAGAUCUAUAUAGUUUUGAUAUUUGCAAAGUGGAUUUAAAUCUAUAUAGUAAGGAAAUAAGUUAAUAAUCAUGUUCCUAGUGGCAAAUGUACUGGUUAAUUUGUGUUUCUACCGAUUCCGUACAUUGUUGUUUUACAAAUUUUCACUGUUAUUUUUUAUUGCUUAAAAAUUUUGCAAACAUGCCACUAAUUGUAGAUUACAGCAAAACUAACACUUCCAAAGAUAGUUUUUUUUUUUCUAAUGUAAGUAAAAAAAGUUAUUUAAAAAAAGAAGACCAAUGGGUGUUUUUCAGUUGUUUGAAAUCAAAUGUCUAAAUAAAAUAGUAAUUGCAUUGUUAUUUUGCUCUUUUUACUAAAAACUAUUACUUUCUCAUGUUCAUGAUACAGAAACAGACAUAUAGGUACUAUUUGUCAUUUCGAUGAUGAGUCUUCCACCAUUUACUAGACAUUUCCAAAUUGUUUUUAAAUAUAUAAAACAAUAAUUUAAUGUAUUUUAUUCCUGUUUUAAUGUGUCUGGUUUUAUAUUAGGAUUAAUUAUUAAAUUCAAUUAAAACUAUAUACAAAAUAAAUUGUUAACAGAAAAAUAGUAUAUAUACUUUUUUGUAGUAAUCAGAGAUAUGCGAUAGGCAAAAUAUUACAUAAAGCAGUAUUAGUAACAUAUAGCAAUGUUACUUGGAUGUACUUCAUAGUCAAGAAGAUAAAGAGAUUCUUAAGACUCUGUAAUAUCCUCUAUUAAAUACAUAUUGCAUAUACUACAUGGAAAAGUUUUAGAAAAUUACCUCUUACAAAUCUUAUUAUAAACCACUUUUAAUUUCAAUAUUGAAUUGAGUGUCAAUUCUGUCAUUUGAAAAAGGAGGCAGUUCCUUGGUUUAAGAAAAAAUAUUUAUGUAAGAAAUUGUAUUACUUGAUACACAUUUUGUCAAAAUCUUAUAUUGAUCCAUUACAAAAUUAUAUACGUACUGUAUUAUUAAUAUUUAUGGAUGAAAUAAUAGAAAACCAAUACUAAAAGAAAUAUUUCCAUAAAUAUUAAAGUACUAUAUACUUUUGAAGUCCACUGGAUUCAUGAUUUAAAUAGAGAAAAAAACCAAUCAGUUAAUAUUUUUAUUUACUAAACCUGUUAUAUGUACUGAGCUCUAUAGGACAUGUGGGGUUAAAGAUCAGGCAAACUCCGUUACUCUCUGAAGUCAAAAAAAAGGCUGACAUUCUCUUGUACAUUGCUCAAUGUUUUUUUUUUUCUUUCGCCUGGUCUCUUACUCCCAUGUCUAGAGUAAUGUGCAUGUGCAUCUCACAACCUAUGCUGGCACCUGAUCGAUUCAAUCUAUCUCAUCAGCAAUUGUUUGAAAAUAGUGAAGCAUUACUAAUCAUAAUUUUGAUUAUGUUUUUAGGUGAAAUAUUUCUCAUUGUAGUGGAAAAAAGCUAUUAUUCAUUUGACAUAUUGCCAUAUAAUUAUAGAUAAAUGCCCGAUCUCACUUUUUUAUUUACUGAAGCACUGCUUCACCCCACCGCUCACCAUUGUUAGUAAUCUUACCUUGAGACUAACCAGAAGUUACUAGACUGUUUAUUUGUACAACUCUCUAUUUUUGGUACAGUAUAUUUAUGUUGUAGAAAAAUUAAGUUGAAGUUUUAACUUAGACAGCAGAGUGAUAGUAAAGAGCACUAAUUCAGUAGAAUAUUAUAUAUUUCACUUUGGACACUUAGAAACGCAGAAAAAUCCCUGUCCCAAGGUUUUAGUUAUACAGUCAUCCUUGUAGUCUUUAGCAAGAAUCUUUCUUCAUUUUGGCGUCUUUAAUUUUAAAGCAAGCAUUGGACAAUUAAAAUAGGGUAACAAUUUUACAAGCAAACAUUUGUUCAAAUUUUUUUAUUUCACCCCUUAUGGUUUUUACAGAAUGUUAUGAUAUAAAAUUAAUAGUACCACUUAAUAUGAUUUCUCGUAUAUGUCAUGUUUUAUUCAGUUGUUUCCAUAAGCAGCUGUUAGGUAUCAGCUUCUCUUUUUGAUAUUUUCAUCAAUCUUUACUAGGAUUUAGCUGUUUUCACGCAGUAAAGACAGUUAAAUUUGUUGACUUUUCAAAGUUAUAGAAAUUUAUAAACUUGUUAAAAAUUCAACAUGUCUUACUGUAAUUAUUAUGUUAUCAAACAAUAAAAAGCUAAAUAAAUAAAAGUCCAGAAUAAAUUUAGUUAAAAAUGAGAUUUCUUUUUCUAAGACAGUGUAACAUAUCUAAAUAAUAUUAAAAAGUUAUAAUAUUUCAUAAACAUGGUAUCUUAUCCAAAAAUGUUGGUAUUUAUAGAAACAUAAAACUAAAAUAUGAAUACAAAAUAAUUUUGGCCAGUAAUUAACCUUUAAGAUGUUAAUGUGACUUAUUAGUUAAUGGUAUGUUUUAGUAACUUUGUAGUUCUUUCUUGUUCUUUUAUAAUCUAGAAAUGUAUAAUCAAAAUAUUAUUGCUCAUAAGGAUUACAAAAAUAUUUUCUAAAACUUACUUUAUGAAGAGUAAGUGAUGAAUCCGUCCCAUAGUUAUUGUAGUGUUAUAUUCAUAUAGAUGUAGAAUCUAGGAGUAGAAUUAUGUAGUUAUUGAAAUGUUUUGCCUAAAAACUGUUAAAUCUCAAAAUUUUAUAGUUGACUUGUUGAAAUAUAAAGUUUAGUCUGAUCUCUUUAGUUACAUUGUAUCCCCUACAAGUGGUUCAUAGAAUUAUAGAAGUACAAAGACGUUCUAAAAUCUUUUAUGUACUGCUUUUAUAUGAAUAUUAUUAUUUGUAAAUAUAUUCAAGUAAAUAUUUUAUAACUAA